AACAUGACACCCUCUGCAGUGGCCCCCAAAGAAUCCCUGGCCUAUCAAUACGGCGGUAAUCACAGCACGGGAUGGUUGGGUUAUGUCCCUGCGCGGUGGCUUCCGUACAUUCAGCUCGCCCGCCUGAGCCCACCAGUUGGACUCUUUCUCAUCUACAUCCCCCACUCGUUCGGCCUGCUAUAUGCGGCGAUUCGACAGCGGGCCGAGCCCUUUGAAGUGGCUUACGCCUCCCUUCUACUCUUUGGUGCAAGCUUCUUCGUAUCCAACGCUAUCCACAUCUGGAAUGACUUGAUCGACGCGCCUCUGGAUGCAAAGGUUGAGCGCACGCGCAAUCGACCCAUUCCCCGUGGUGCCGUCUCACCGAGUGCAGCGCUGAUAUUCAGUGCGUCCCAGGCUGUGUGCGCCGCCCUGUUCUUACCCCUGCUAAAAGGAGACGUGGCCAAGAACACCAUUCUCAGUGCGCCUGGUUUCCUCGCCUGGCUUUACUACCCGUAUGCAAAGCGACACACGUACUGGACUCAGACCGUCCUUGGAAUCUGUCUUUCGUGGGGUAUUGUGGUCGGCGCAGUUGCACUUGACGUCGAACCGUACUCUUUCCAGACCGGCCAAGUCGACAUGCCACUACUUUUGCUAUUCGUAGCGAGUACACUGUGGACGAUGCUUUACGACAGCGUGUAUGGUUUCCAGGACCUGGAAGACGACGUUGCUGCUGGUAUCUACAGCAUGGCAGUGUUGUUUCAGUACAAUAUCAAGCUCGUGUUCUGGCUCAUCGUCGCCAUGAUUGCAGCAGCCUUAGGGAACAUGGGGUACUAUGCUGGGAUGGGCGCCCUUUACUACAUAAUUAGUGUGGGAGGAACGACAGCUUUUCUCAGUCUUAUGGUCGCUUAUGUCGAUCUCCGUAGUUCUCAAAGCUGUUGGUGGUGGUUCUCCACAGGCUUUUGGUAUGCUGGUGGCUCUAUCGCGGGUGGCUUACUCUCCGAGUACGUGACCAUGAUCGCUCGUGCUCCUGGCUUCGAGUGAAUUUUAGCCGUUGCUAGCUUACCGACAACAUGGCGAAUGAAACACAUCACCCAAGGUCUGGAAGAUGCUGAUUUCGAGAGCCAUGCAAGCGGAGACUGAUACGAAAGAUGACGGCAUAUAGUGUCAAUUCGACAAUUCUGCUUGAUCACGUGUAGAGUCCGCUAACGAAAAUAACAUUCUUGCAAG